GCUCUGCUGGACAGUGAAGGAGGAGAAGGAGGAGACGGAGCAGGAGGAGCAGGAGGAGCAGGAGGAGCAGGAGGAGCAGCGGGCACGCGGGGCCGUCAGGAGGAAUCACAUCGCGCCGCAGCUCCGAGAUGACAAAGGCCCAGUGACGUGGUGAAGGCGAGAUGUCGCAGAGGAAGAUAUUCCUGGUCCUCGUGGCCAUCAGCACCGUCAGUCUCCUGCUGCACCAUGGAGGCCACUUCAGCUGGACCAUGGACCCCUUCCACCUCGGUUGUCCUGCCAUCCAGUCCCACCCCGCCUCGGGCCUGAAACCCAAACACACCAACGUGGCCUUCCUGAAGACCCACAAGACGGCCAGUACCACCAUGCAGAACAUGCUGUUCCGCUUCGCCGAGCGCAACAACCUGACGGCGGCGCUGCCGGUGCAGGCGUGCAGCCACCAGUUCUGCUACCCCCGCUCCUUCACCUCCCACUUCGUGCACCCCCACACGCUGCCUCCAAACAUCAUCACCAGCCACAUGCGCUUCAACAAGGCGGAGCUGCAACGCCUGAUGCCCAACGACACCAUCUAUGUGACGAUACUGAGGGAGCCCGGCCACAUGUUCGAGUCCCUGUUCAGCUACUACAACCAGCACUGUCAGAGCUUCAAGAGGGUUCCCAACGGCUCCCUGGAGGCCUUCCUGGAGGAGCCCUGGCGCUACUACCGCGCCGAUGAGAAAGACUCCAUGUACGCUCGCAACUCCUUGACCUUCGACCUGGGCGGAGACAAGGAUCGGCCGACCACCGAUGUGGCGUAUGCGCGGUCCUUCGUGGCCGAGGUGGACAGAGUCUUCUCCCUGGUGUUGAUCGCGGAGCACUUUGAUGAAUCGCUGGUUCUCCUUCGCCACCUCCUCUCCUGGGACCUCGAUGACAUCCUCUAUGUGAAGCUCAACAUGAGGACGUCCAGCUCCAAGCGGAGCCUGACCCCCGGACUUCCUGCAAAGAUCCGGGCCUGGAAUUCGCUAGAUGCACGUCUCUAUGACCACUUCAACGCCUCGCUGUGGCGCCAGCUGGCGGCUCUGGGCCCGGCCUGCGUGGCGAGGGAGGUGCGCCUCCUCCAGGCCCAGGAGAGGCUGAUGAGGAGCUGCUUCGGGGAGCAUGCCACUCGGUCGGCAGCACAGAUCAAGAACAAGGAGCUUCGACCGUGGCAGCCGAGUGGAAAGGUGGACAUUGUGGGC